CGUCAUGACAAGUGACUAAUUUUUACAUCAAAAAUGGCGAAUGUUGUGCAUGUUGUGUAUUUUCACUAAACACUUUCAUUGUUAUUAUGUUUGGUUAUGGGUAAUCGUAAACACUUUUGUUAAAUAAUUGUGACUUCAAAUUGUAUAUUUACGUUUUCUGUUCCUUAACAGAAAAAAAAAUGACGACUGACAAAAUUAAAGUUGCUGUCAGGGUCCGUCCUUUCAACAGGAGAGAAAUAGAAUUAGGAACACAAUGUGUUGUGGAAAUGAAAAAACAGCAAACCGUCCUCCAACAACCCUCUGGUCUGGACAAAUUAGACAGAAAACAGCCCAAGACAUUUGCUUUCGAUCAUUGUUUUGAUUCUAUUGAUCCAAGUAGAGAUAACUAUGCAUCACAAGAAAAUGUAUUUGACUGUUUGGGUCGUGAUAUAUUGGAUAAUGCAUUUCAAGGCUACAAUGCAUGCAUUUUUGCAUAUGGACAAACAGGCUCGGGAAAGUCCUAUACUAUGAUGGGAACCCAAAAUUGUAAGGGUAUUAUACCGCGUCUAUGUGAUAGUUUAUUUGAUCUCAUUGCUAAACGACAAAGUGAUGAACUUUCAUACAAAGUUGAAGUUAGCUAUAUGGAAAUAUACAAUGAAAAGGUGCAUGAUUUAUUAGAUCCUACAACCACAAAGCAAUCAUUAAAAGUGAGAGAACAUAAUGUUUUGGGGCCCUAUGUAGAUGGUUUGUCCCAAUUAGCAGUAAAGUCAUUUGAAGACAUUGAUAACUUAAUGGCAGAAGGAAAUAAAUCUAGGACAGUUGCUGCUACAAAUAUGAAUAGCGAAUCAUCGAGAUCACAUGCUGUAUUUACAGUUAUUUUAACACAGACCCUUACAGAUACUAAAACAGGUGUGAGUGGUGAGAAAGUGAGCCGAAUGUCCCUUGUGGACCUUGCCGGUUCGGAACGGGCUGUGAAAACGGGGGCUGUGGGGGAAAGAUUAAAGGAAGGUUCUAAUAUUAAUAAAUCAUUAACUACCUUGGGUCUAGUCAUUUCAAAGUUAGCAGAUCAAUCUUCAGGGAAAAACAAAGAUAAGUUUGUUCCAUAUCGCGAUUCAGUUUUAACAUGGCUCCUUAAGGACAAUUUAGGCGGUAAUAGUAAGACAGUAAUGGUAGCCACAAUCUCUCCUGCUGCUGACAAUUUUGAAGAAACGUUAUCAACAUUAAGAUAUGCAGACAGGGCCAAGAGAAUUGUUAAUCAUGCUGUUGUUAAUGAGGAUCCAAAUGCUAGAAUAAUUAGGGAAUUACGACAGGAAGUAGAGACCUUAAAAGAAAUGUUAAAACAUGCCACUGGUUCACCCGACAUAUACAAAAAGUUAAAUGAAAGUGAAAAAUUAUAUAAAGAGAUGUCUCAAACCUGGGAAGAAAAGUUAGAGAAAACAGAGCGCAUUCAAAGUGAAAGACAACAAGCAUUGGAAAAAAUGGGAAUUAGCGUACAAGAUUCAGGGAUAAAAGUAGAAAAAAAUAAAUAUUACUUGGUUAAUUUAAAUGCUGAUCCAUCACUCAACGAAUUACUUGUGUAUUACCUCAAAGAAAAGACAAUUGUUGGCAGUAAAGAUGCAGAUAUACAAUUGUCAGGUUUGGGAAUUCAGCCUGAACAUUGUAUAAUGACUAUAGAGGAUGGUGGUUUAUUUAUGGAGCCUCUUGCCAAUGCACGGUCAUUUGUUAACGGAUCUCAAAUUACUACUCGUACAGUUCUUAAAAAUGGCGAUAGAAUCGUGUGGGGGAAUCACCAUUUCUUCCGUGUCAAUUGCCCUAAAGUUUCCUCUGAACCGCAAACUCCUGCCCAAUAUAUUGAUUAUAACUUUGCUAGAGAAGAACUAAUGCUCAAUGAACUCAGUAAUGAUCCUAUUCAAGCGGCUAUUGCUAGACUUGAAAAGCAGCAUGAAGAGGAUAAACAAGUUGCUCUAGAAAAACAACGAUUAGAAUAUGAAAGACAGUUUCAGCAGUUGAGAAAUAUAAUGUCACCUACUACCCCAUACCCUCCUUACUCCUACGACCCGCUGAGAUUUGUCAAACCAGCCCCAUGUACCCCCACCACGCAAAUGAGAGUUGAGAAAUGGGCACAAGAGAGAGAUGAAAUGUUCAAAAGGAGCAUAGGUCAGCUUAAAGCUGAUAUUGUGAGGGCCAAUGCACUUGUACAAGAAGCAAACGUUCUUGCAGAAGAAAUGGGAAGACAAACUAGAUUCAGUGUGACAUUGCAAAUUCCUCCUGCAAAUUUGAGUCCAAACAGAAAGAAAGGAUCAUUUGUAAGUGAACCUGCUAUAUUGGUGAAACGGGUAAAUUCUCCCAGUCAGGUGUGGAGUAUGGAAAAAUUGGAAAACAAGUUGAUUGAUAUGAGAGAACUUUAUGAAGAAAGGAAAGAACAUAACAUUCCUCUCAGAGAUCCAAUUCCUCCAAACUGUAUGGAUCCGUUCUAUGAGUCCCAGGAACACCAUAAUCUUAUAGGCGUAGCUAAUAUAUUUUUAGAGGCUCUGUUUCAUGAUGUUAGAUUAGACUAUCACACUCCCAUUAUUAGUCAACAGGGAGAAGUAGCUGGGCGGUUACAGGUGGAACUGAGUCGUGUUGCUGGUAUGCUCCCUCAAGACAGGAUAUGUGAAGCAGCUUCAGACAGCUCAAGUGACAGCACAUAUGAUGACGAUGACAUUAAUACCAGUAAUCAAAUAACUUGUCGCGUCCACAUUAAGCAAGCUUCGGGUCUACCCUUAUCUUUGUCACAUUUUGUGUUUUGCCAGUAUACUUUCUGGAACCACCCUGAUCCUAUUGUUGUUCCGCCCCCUGUUGACCCAGAAUUGCACGAGAAUGUCUUCAAUCCUGGUCAAAAAGAUACCAUGACAUUCCGAUUUGACCAUGUCAAAGAUUUUACUGUUCCUAUUACAGAAGAGUUCGUAGAACACUGUGCAGAAGGUGCUCUUUCGAUAGAGGUUUGGGGACAUCGAAGUGCCGGAUUCACCCGAACAAAACCAGGUUGGGAAGUAGAACAGCAACAACUGGCUAAAGCCCGUUCGUUGGCCGAUCGGUGGUCAGAACUUACAAGAAAGAUUGAAUUAUGGGUUGAAAUACAAGAACUUAAUGAUCAAGGCGAAUAUGCUCCAGUUGAGGUAACAAACAAAGGCGAUACUUGUACAGGAGGUGUUUAUCAAUUACGUCAAGGUCAGCAGAGACGUAUACAAGUCAGAGUUAAACCCGUUCAAAACUCGGGAACUUUGCCGAUUAUUUGCCAAUCAAUUGUAAAAGUAGAAGUUGGGAGCAUUUUAGUGCGUUCUCGACUCCAAAAACAGCUUGAUUCCUAUCAAGAUGAAGAUCUUGCCACUUUAAGGGAAAAAUGGAGUGAAGCGUUAAUGAGAAGACGGCAGUAUUUAGAUCAGCAGAUCAAGAAACUUAUAGAUAAAACAAAUAAAACAGAACAAGAUAUAGAAAGAGAACAAAGUCUGGUUAAUCAAUGGGUCAAUCUUACUGAAGAAAGGAAUGCUGUAUUAGUACCUACACCAGGUUCUGGAAUACCUGGAGCACCUGCCGUUUGGGACCCACCAUUGGGCAUGGAAUCGUAUGUUCCCGUUUUGUUCCUCGAUUUGAAUGCUGAUGAUUUAUCUACACAUAAAUCAGGCGAGGAAGUAACAGUUGCCGGUUUAAACUCCAUCUUGCCUAAAGAGAUAACAAGUGUGUUUUACAGUUUACAUAUCUUGCAGCAUUUGGAAAAAGAUGUUUGUGCCGUUGUUUCUUGGGACUCAUCAAUUCAUGAUAGUAUUCAUUUAAAUAAAAUAACCGAACCAAACGACAGAGUUUAUAUGAUUUUAAAGACAACUGUACGAUUGUCUCAUCCUGCUCCAAUGGACCUUGUACUCAGGAAACGAUUAGCUUUGAACAUUUACAAACGCCAAAGUCUCACCGAUAGAAUUAAGAGGAAAAUUGUUCGCACAGACAUUCUAACACAAACAGGCGUUACAUACGAAGUUGUCUCAAAUAUUCCUAAAGCUAGUGAAGAAUUAGAAGACCGUGAGUCUUUGGCUCAAAUUGCCGCUUCAGGAGAAGACACAUCAUUAUGUGAUGGAGAGACAUAUAUCGAAAAAUAUACAAAAGGUGUAAGCGCAGUUGAAAGUAUUUUGACGUUAGACCGUCUCCGACAAAGUGUUGCUGUGAAGGAACUUUUGCAAGCCAAAGGUCAACCUCUAAUGCGCAAAACUGCUAGUGUACCUAACUUCUCUCAGUUGAUGAGAUUAGACAUGAGCACAGAGUCCCUGAACAUGCCUCGUUCUGAAAGCGUUACAGAACUCAAUAGCGAGCCUCUGGCAGGAUUACCAUUGAGAUCAUCUAGAAGCAGUUUUUCGAAAGACCCGGAUAUGACACCUCCCAAACCAUUUGGAAUCGCUCGUCCGACGUUCUUAAAUUUGAGUUUAAAUCUUAACUCACUGCGUUUACAACAGCCCAACAGCUGUACCAAAUUGAGUAUGACCUCUCCGGCCAAUCAAAAAAUUGGACACAGAAUGACAACUCUUCAUGAAGAACAAAUUCCACAACCACGAAAACAUUCAUUGGACCUUGAUGAAAUGUUGGAAGAAAAAAGUGACGACCUGGAAAGAAAUGACGAAGAAAGUAGUGACAAUUCAGUUUUAAAAUCAAAAAAUAACAUUAAAAGAGGUUUACCGACUUCGAGAACCUUAGAUUCGUUGAUCGAGUUGGUGCCGAAGACCGGUACUCCUUCUGUAAGUUCGAGUGGAUACGGGUCACAAGCUGUGUCAUCAACUAACUUAUCAAGUGAAGAUUCCAUGUCUUUAAGAAGUGCAGAAGAAACUCCUGACCAUGAGUUUAAGCAUACUAUUGCUGAUUUAAAGCCUGUAUCAGAAGUUAACGACAUUAAUAUGGAAAAGAGCGAUGAAAGUACAGAGGAACAACUUUCUGAUAAUAAAACAGACGUAACUGAAAAUGACGUGAGUAGUUUAAGUGACGUUGUAGAAGCAGAUUCUGAGACAAGUACACAUUUUAAAUCAUCCGGAAAAACUACUAAACGUACCAAAAAUAUAAAAAAUUCACAACAACGUGCUUCUUUCCCUCAAGGUCGUAAUACUGCUUCUGACAACAAACUUUCCAAUCGUUCUGAAAGGAAAGCAUCUUUAUCAAAUAACGGGGAUAAUAUGAGUAGCUCCUGCGAAAAAUUAGAAGAUGACAGUGAAGUUUCAAAUUAUGGUUCGAGAGCCGAUUUAAAUAAAAUAAGCGACGUUCCAGUACCAGAUUGGGUUGUUUUAGGUGAAAGCGUCCUUAUAAGACCUUACAAUUCAUCUGGUGUGAUAGCUUAUAUAGGCCCAACAGAGUUUGCUAACGGUACGUGGAUUGGUGUUGAACUGGAUGCCCCAAAAGGAAAAAAUGAUGGUUCUGUCCAAGGUAUCCGUUAUUUUUCGUGCCGCCCAAAACAUGGAAUGUUUGUACGAGCUGACAAACUAAUUUUGGAUAGGAGAGGUAGAGCCAUGCGUUCCUAUAAGAAUGAGAUUCAGAAUUGCAUUUCUGGAAAGGACUCGGUAGUUCCUAAAAUAGCACAACGUUGGAGUUUGUUAAGUAAUAAUAUUUUGAAGUAGAGUGACUAGAAUAACAUAUCUGACGUGUUUCACUAAGAAAAAUAUAAACGAUAUGAAACGACAACCCCAUUACAUGUCCCAUAGAUGUGAUAGUCUGCAAAGUAAUCAGAAAAACAUCCCAGUGCUAGAAUUUUUUGUAUCAACUUAUCGUUAGUAACUGAUGAAGUGACUUGACACUGUAUAAAGCCAGCCAAUUUGAAUAUAUCUUUAUUCACAUUCCAGCAGUUUUCUAGUCGAUUCAAAUAAUAACUUUGUAAUCAAUUUGAUAUAUUGACACAUUUACCUGCUCUUUCCAGUCCCCAUAACGAACAUUGUAAAUAUCAUUUGUGUUCAUCUGGAGUAUUGUCUCUGUCCAUAUUUGCUAAAUAAAGUAAUAAUAAUUAUAAGAAUAAAUAUUGUAAUUACAAGAUUAUAGGCUGCUAAUGUGAAUUUACAUCGGAUGAUGAUGAUAAUUCAUUUUUCAUGUACACACAUUAAUUAUAUAAAAUUGCAUGUAAAGUAGUAAUGAAGAUGCUUUAAAAUGUCUGUUGAUUCAGUACAACAAAAGUAGAAUUAUUCUGUUCCUUGUGAUUAUUAAAAUCAAAGGCGUUGAGCUGUAAAACUAUAUUUGUAUAAAAAAUUAUAUUUAAGAUUUAAUUUGUAAAUUGCACUUUUAUAUAGUUAAUUAUUUAUUGCAACUAAGUUUGGUUUAUCUUGUUGUAAUUUUUGCGAAGGUUGUAUUUAUACAUACACCUAAUGACACAUUCUUAUUGCAUGUUCGGGCAUUGCAUUGUAUGUACUUACUUUUUAAACGCACUUCAAUAUAUACACAUAUUAGAAUUAGCCAUGGUUGCCUAACAAUAUAAGUAUUUUUGUAAUUAUUCAUCUAUUUAAACCAGCCUUUUAAUGUAAUUUAUUUUGCCUUUACAAUGGGUUUGUUGUACAUUUUGUUUAAGCUGCAUAAUAGUAAUUUUAUUCUGUAAAUUUUGUUGUUAACUUUUAUAUCUAUACCAUUAAAUUAUUACUUUCUGUU